AUGAAGCCGCUCCUCAAAGUCCCGUUCUUCCCUGUAUUUUCUCAGGAUAACUGUGCCAGGGUGCUACUGGUCCGUGGAGCCAACAAAGAGGUGAAGAACUACAACAGCCAGAGUCCCUUCCAGGUGGCCAUCAUAGCGGGGAACUUUGAACUGGCCGAACUGGUCAAGAACCACAAAGAGACAGAUAUAGUGCCUUUCCACGAGGCCCCGGAAUACUCCAAGCGGCGUCGGGUCCCUCCCUCUACCAGCAGCAGCGGUAGCUGCCUGGUGGCCCCCCGGGUCCUGCUGCGCUCCAACAGUGACAACAACCUCACAGUGAGCCAGGGGCCUCCCCAGGACUGGUCCCAGCCCCAGGGAUCCCCCCAGCACCACGGAUCCCAACAGGGAGGGGUCGGACCCCCCACCUCCACCUCUCACCGUAGCCUCUCUCCACAGCUGCUCCAGCAGAUGCAGGGGAACCCAAAUGGCACUGUGAGGACCAUGGGCCAGAGGUCCCGCAGUACCAGCGUGGGGGUGGUCCUGCGGAGUCCGUCCCCGUCCCUCAACCGGCUGGGAGAGGAGGCCUGCAGGCCACACCCGCAGACACAUGUACAGACACAGCAGACUCAGCACAGAAAGACCAGCCCCAGUGGUCAUGUGGAGGUGGUGGUGCAGCGGAGGAAGCUGUACAGUGCCGUACCAGGUAGGCACUUUGUGGUGGUCCAUUCCUACCAUCCACGGGCCGAGGGAGAGAUCACCCUCUACAAGAACGACAGGGUCAAAGUUCUGAGUAUCGGAGAGGGGGGGUUCUGGGAAGGCAGUGCCCGGGGCCAGGUGGGCUGGUUUCCUGCGGAGUGCGUGGAGGAGAUUCCUGCCAAGGCCAGCGAGGAGAGGACGCCGCACAUGUUACAGAAUAACGCCUUACCAAAGGGAAGCAUCAAGGAGUGUUUUUUUGUGUUGGAGGUGAUGUCGGGUCCGGGUGUCGGUACAGCAGCUACCAGGGAGGCCUCAGACAGUUUCGUCGGACUCUCAUGCCUCAGCUGGAUUGACAGGUUCCCACGCCUCAGCUGGAUUGACAGGUUCCCAUGCCUCAGCGGGUUUGAUGGGUUCCACUGCCUCAGCUCACUUGACAUGUUCCCACGCCUCAGCGGGUUCGAUAGGCUCCCAUGCCUCAGCGGGUUCGAUAGGCUCCCAUGCCUCAGCGGGUUUGACAGGCUCCCAUGCCUCAGCUGGCUCAACAGUCUUCCAUGCCUCAGCAGGUUCGAUAGGCUCCCAUGCCUCAGCGGGUUCGAUAGGCUCCCAUGCCUCAGCGGUUUCGAUAGGCUCCCAUGCCUCAGCGGUUUCGAUAGGCUCCCAUGCCUCAGCUGGGUGAACAGGUUCCCGUGCCUCUGCCGACGCAACCAGGGAGGUCUCAGCCGGCUCAUCAGGCUCUCACGCCUCAGCCGGUUCGUCAGGUUUCUGUGCCUCAGCGGAGACGACCAGUCCGCUCCUGAUCCCCAGGACUCGUCCCUUUGGUUGGCGUCCUGCGGCUGGAGCUGCGCACCGUAG